AUGUUUUUUUUUUCUGUAUAUUUAUAAUCAAAAUGUCUGGUGUUAGUUUCAUAGGUAUUCCGCUGUGUUGAUAACUGCUUGUUAAUGUAGUAAUUCAUUUUUCUUUUUUUUUCUCUUAUCCUAGAUCAAGCUCUUUUACAAUUCGUAAUUCCUUAUAAUCAUCGACCCGGCACUGAUUUAAUGACCAAACUAGCACUUCAAAACUCAAGAAUUAUGAACUUAAUACUCACAGCGCUUAUUGGUGAAAAUGCAAUUGAUCAUUACAUUUGUAGUCCAUGUGAAUGGAUUGAUGGCCGUCGAGCGGACGUUCUAUAUACACCAGUUACUUCACCAACAGAUGCUUUCUCCCCCUGUAAUAAUUGAAAUACAGAAUGUUGUAGAUAAACAGUUCAUCCGUCGCCUUAUUAAAUAUUGUGGGCAUAUCAUAGAUAAAUAUCAAGUUGAACCAAUUGCUUUAACAAUAUGUAUCAAUUCAACAAGGAGAGAAAUAACUAAAAAACUCACCGAAACAGACAAAGCGCCGUUCAUGAAAAGGCUACCAAGCGAUGAAUAGGCUCAGGCUCAUUACUUUAUUGAUGAAACAACUAUUGCAUCUUCCCGUCAAACGCCUUUACUACUACUUUGAGUUCAAAAGAUGAGAAAAGAGAAAAAAGUAAAGACAAGUCUGUGAAAAAUUCGUAUAGUUUAUUGAAGAAAAAAUAAUACAAAAAUUGUCCAAGAAGAAAAUAAUACGGAAAAAUGACGAGGGCUAUUUAUAUGUUUUGCAAGGUAAGUGAUAUCAAUAGGAGUGUGAUUUAGAUGAGUAAAUGUUGUGGUUCAGGUAGGUUUAAGGGAUUAAAUAAAAGAAAUAAAAUAGAAAGAAAACAAGACAGAAGAAGUACGUUGAGACUUGUCAAUAAGUUUUAUUAAAAGCUAAUUCAAUACAAG